AUGGCUACGUCGCCAGAACCAUCGCUCGCAGGAUCUCCCCACGGUGAGACCCGUGGAGUCAUGUCUGUCCCAGGCGACCCCAAGACCAUCCACGCAGCUCAAAGUGGACCUCGACGCAUCUCGAAGAGGGGACCUCGUGCCAGCCUUCUCCCUUUACUCGCCAUGCUGCUCUGCUCGUUCCUCACCAUAAUUUCGGCCUCAUCCCUACCCGCUGCAACGCCCGCACUAGCACGCAGAGGCAUUGCGGCUGCCUCGAAGCCAAUCAAUGCAGUCCUGCCCACAAGCUAUCCGUACGAAGCCCAGCUCUCCCCGAGACAGCUUGCCUCUGCCAACCACGUCUUCAAUGUCCGAGUGUCGCAGCCCACCAUGUGCCAACCCAUGAACAUCACCUUCGACCCCAGCUACGGCAAGCCUCCAUAUACCGUCAUGAUCAGCACCGAAGACUACUGGCCCGUCACCGUCAGUCUCACAUCGUCCUACGACGAUGCCACAAAGGACUUGUGGCUCUACCAGUACGACGUUCCCAUGUUUGCAGGCGGCACCAAGAAUCCUUCCAUGAUCGUCUCGGUCGUCGACUCAACCGGAGCCAUGUCCAACUCGUCUAGCUUUGUGCAGGCCCAAAGUCCCGGCGCAGGUGUCACCUGCGCGCCAUUCCAGUAUACGCCCUCCUUUGUCUUUUGGACGAUUGGCGCUCCUUCCAUGUGUCAACCCUACGAGAUCGUCUGGAACGGCAGCUACGCCCCGCCGAUGGCCGCCUUGUUUCUUCCCGAAGCCGCUCCACCCAUCUACGUUCCAGCGCCUCUCGCUGCCACCACCAACAUGACUUGGCAGGUCGCCAUGGAAGGUGGAACACGCUUCGUCAUGUCCCUAGCAGACAGCCGUCAGAUGAACAGCAAUGGCGGGGUGUCCAAACUCAAUAUUGUUGCGCUCAACGAAUACGUCAACGACUCGUGCAUUGGUCAGUCCAACUACCAGCAUCGCGUCUUUGCCGCUACCUCCACAGCCAGUGCAGCCACCCUGUACCCCGACGCAACCUCCAUGGUGGCUAGUCUGACCACGAGUGGCGGCAUGGUGGCUACUGUGACCGUCAUCGAGACCAUAAAAAACGGUCGCUUAGUCCACGGCAAUGGUGGAGGGCUUGGCGCCCGCUUUCUCAUUUUGAUAAUCGCCUUACUUGUCGGCGUUGGUCUCGUCGGCGCCGCCGCCGGCUACUUCUGCUUCCGAAGACGUCAGAGAAGCAAGCAAAAUAUCCGCGCUUGGGACUUGCCUGAUGCGUCGGCGCCUUUCAAGGCGAGUCGGAACACGCCCAUCGCGCCUGGUGUCUUUGGGCGCAGCGACAGUCGACAGGAGUCCAGCGCAAGCAUUGUGCUUGGGGAGCGAGACGCGGGUCGUGCCGGUGCCGCCAACUAUGAUCCUGCUGCCCUGUCUUCUCGUCCGCUCACACAUGCCCCUUCGCGAUCUUCGCUGCGCAGCUGGACCUCAGGCAUGUAUCAGGAGAGAUCUGCCAACAACUAUCCGAUGAUUGACACCGCCUCGGUCGGCAUUGCAGGUCUCAACAAUGGCCACCAGACACACAACUUGACGAGGAGGACCCUCUCUGAUGUCUCUCGCGAUGGCUGGUCUCCCACAGACUCGAUCUCGAUCACGCGGCCAUUUGGCUCCUACUUGGACGAGGCGGAGAGGCGAGACCCUGGCAGUCGCCUCCAGAGUAGGACCGGCAGCCCUGGCGUUCUUUCCCGCGGCAGAAGCUCGGACAGCAUCUCUGUGAAAUCGAUGGGGGUGGGCCCUGGUCCGACGUAUCGUCCAGACGCUGCAUACCAAGCAGCCUACCAAGACCUGAUAGCCAGCCAAACGCCGCCUGUCAGCGGCGUCGACGGAAGCUUGCCUUUCGGCGCAACCCAAGCCCGCGCACCCCUUGCGCGUACUCCAGGCUGGGCGGAGGUCUCGGGCGGUGCUGACCACCCGGCACACAUCGUCCGUCACGCUGAUGCUGGCCUGCUGUUGGACGACAACGAUAAUGGCGAUGAGCUCAUCAGCCUUGGCACGGGACGACUGAUGGAAUUGCCCCCUCAGUACGACACCAUUCAUCCGAGCACACGGACGCAGCAGAGAUCCACCAAUGCUCGGACGCCAUCUCGGAACGAGAAUCCGUUUGCAUCACCGCCUAUCCGCCCUCGGCGAUCGCACGCGCACGGUGUGGGCUCUGUGGAUAUCUCGGAUCCUCGCAAUCGGCGAGCUGAGGUGCAUGCCGCUGAUCUGGUCGAUGAGAACGACGACGAGUCGGCCUUCUGGGCGCAUUGA